AGCUUAUUUCUUCGCAUUGAGAGAGAGAGAGGGAGAGAGAGAGACGCGGUUGGGAGAGACGAGACGGCGGCGAAGAACUGUCUCGUACUCUCUAUCUUCUUCAACAGUGUAAGCGAUCGUCUUUCUGUCCUUCUCAUUUUCCUUCUUUAGAGGGUUUUAUAAGGUUUCGGCCAACGGAUUUUCAAGUUUUGAUGUUCGUUAUUUGUGCAUCUCUGAGAUAUCCUGGAUUCCUCCUUCUGCAGGUUUCUUUCUUUCUUUAUUGGUUGUUGUUGUUGUGUUGGUGGGGUGCUGCUGAAGAAAGAAAGUAAGAAAGAUUUACAAGUGUGGAGGUGCAGGAGAGUUCUCUCUGUUGGGAUCGUUGGGAUUUUGGAGAUUUAUCGGAUUCUUGAUAAAUAAAUAAAAAAUCGGAUUCCUUUUAUAAAAAAAAAUAAAAUAAAAAUAAAAAAUCUUUCUGGGCCUACGUAUUGAUCCGGGAUUUUUAGCUUAGCAAUGAAGAUGCAGUUGGGAUCUGCUUCUGCUGCCUCCGAUUCUAACACAGGAGGAGGCGAAAUUGUUGUUGCCGGGGGUGGUUCAAAGUCGCCUUGGCCGCCUGGUUUCCGUUUCCAUCCAAUGGAUGAGGAGCUCAUAUUGUAUUAUCUGAAGAGGAAAAUCUGUCGCCGACGCCUUAAGCUCAACAUUAUCAGAGAGAUUGACGUCUACAAGUGUGAGCCAUGGGAGUUACCUGGAAAAUCUCUCCUGCAGACAGGUGAUAAACAGUGGUACUUCUUCAGCGCCAGAGACCGCAAGUACCCCAAUGGGGUGAGAUCAAAUCGGGGGACUAAAAGUGGUUAUUGGAAGGCUACAGGAAAGGAUAGGAGUAUUUCACGGAAUUCCAGGAUGGUGGGCAUGAAGAAGACACUUGUCUUCUACAAAGGGCGCGCUCCCAAGGGAGCACGAACCGAUUGGGUGAUGCAUGAGUAUACCAUGGUCAAAGAGGAGCUUGAGAGCUGUAAUGCUGUGCAGGAUUCUUAUGCGCUUUAUAAAGUUUAUCAGAAGAGUGGACCUGGUCCCAAAAAUGGUGAACAGUAUGGGGCACCAUUUAGAGAAGAGGAGUGGCUGGAUGAUGAUGAUCCAAUUGAUGAUAGCUUGGGAAUCCUGGCCAGUGUGGAAUAUCCAGCAUCAGAUCUUAUAGGGGGUUAUGAUCAAUUCCCACCUCCAACUGAUGAUGUGGAGGACACCGUGCAACAAACAGUUAAUGAACCUGAAGUAGAUCAACAGCAUUUCAACAGUUUUGUACGUGAACUCGAGGUUGCUGAUAAAGAGGGGACACAAGGUUAUGUGGUGGAGUCAUCGCUUAGGGAAGCCAUUUCCAUUGAACCCAGUGAAAUUUCACGCCCAUGUGAGUGGGCUGAUUGUGGGCAGACAAGCUCUCAGGUUACAUGUUCGGCCACCUCUAUUAUGCAACCUUCUGAAGCACUUGAAGUUACAUGUGCUUUGGAUGAUGGAGAUUUUGUGGAAUUGAAUGAUCUUGCGGAUCAAGUGCCUGGUGUUUCUAGUUGGAGUAUCAGUAACGACUUCCCAUUUCAUGACACAGGCGGGUUUUACGCCUCUGAUUAUUACUUUGAUGCACCCAUGUUUCUUCCUGAAGAAAUUGUGCCUCUGGAGGGGACUACACAACCGCAUCUGGAUUGUUAUGCGACUGACAUAGCGAGCCAGUUGGGUUAUCACUUGCAGGACCCCAUCGACGACGAAAAUCAAUUCCAUGCAGCUUAUGUUACCAGUCCUCUCUGGACACAUGAACAGAAGUUCAAUGUCUUUACAUCAACAGAGUCAAGUCAGGUUGUUAUGGCACCUCCAGAUUCAGGUAUAGCGGGUGAUGGUAAUUCAUUGAAUGUCAGUAACGAAACACAGGGGCAAGGAGGCAUUGGAGGAGAUGCUUCAGAACAUUGGUUCACUUCAACAGUCUACGGCCUGUUGGAAUCAAUACCUACUCAUCCAGCAUCAGCCUCUGAGAAUGCCCUGAUCAAUCGGGCAUUUGAGAGAAUGUCGAGUUUUGGUGCAGCACGCAUUGGUGCCAGAGACGGGGGUGUUGCAGCAGGUGAUGGUGCUGCUGUGGGCAGGAGGGUAGGUAGAAAUGGUAGUAUGCUUUUCGUUUCUUUUCUGGGGGCAUUAUGGGCCAUCUUAUGGGUGUUAAUGAUUGGAACUAUAGUGAAAGUAUUAAAGGCUUUUGUGGGCAGGUUCAUGGCCUCCUCCUAGGUAUGUACCUACCUGGGCAUAUGCACAUGCGUGUAUUUGGUUUAUUUAUCCCCAUGACAUUUUGGACAAAUCCCUAAUUAAUUGGGAUGAGGUAUUGAUGAUGAUGAUCAACAUUUUGGACAGACAGAUAAAACCAACCAGGGUUAGGCAACCUAGUACUCAAGUUUUAAUGUAAGGAGAGAUUGUUGGGAGUCUUUUCAAACAAACUGACCUGUGUCACAGUGUACUCAUUUCGAGGGAAGGUGAGUGAAACAAGUGUAGUCCAUUAUCAUGUAUAGUUUCCCAAUCAUGUUAGAAUAAUCUGAUUCAACUUCAACACUCUCUCUCUGUAAUGUUUCAUAAAUUGUAUUAGUAAAGUUUUUUGUUUUUUUUU